CUUUCCCUCCAGCCUCGCGCCUCAACUCCCGAGGCUGGACCGUCCAUCAUCAUUCGCAUCAUCCCAUCAUCAUCUUUCGCGAUUCUUCUUUCCUCCAUGACCAUUCUCCCGCGGUAACCAACUACCCAAACGCGGUAAUCAUCACACCGCAAAUAUGAACAACGAACAAUUCCGUCGCCUCCUCCUCGCCAAUUCCCAGAAAAACAACAACAACCAAAAUGGCAGCACAUCACCACCCUCCUCGAGCACCUCCAAAUCUCCCGUGCCAGCAGCGCCAGCGGGCAACAGCACCCCGCGCAGCACGCUCGCCCUAGGUUCCAAAGCACGCUCCUCCAUCCCCAUGACCCCUCGCUCCGUCGCCGGCUUCAAUCCCCGCAACGAAUUCGCCCGCCAACUCGCCGAGCGUAAUCAGCAGAGCCUCUCUUCAUCAUCACAACAACAACAUCCCAACAAAAAGAUCCGAACCUCUGCUCCCAAGGGUAGCAGGCUCGCCGAAGGAUAUGUCGAUCGCGCCAAGCAGAGACAGGCGCAAGAAGAGGCGGACGAGAGGGAGCGCAAGCUGAAGGAGCUGGAAGAGCGGUACAAGAAGGAGGAGAUUGACAAGGAGGAGUAUGAGCGUUUGCGAGUGGAGAUCAUUGGCGGGGGAGGUGAUUUGGAGACGGCGCAUUUGGUGAAGGGACUGGAUUUCAAGCUUUUGGAGAGGGUGAGGAGGGGGGAGGUGGAUGUUUUUGGGGAGAAGAUGAAGGAUGCGUCGGAGUCGCCUGAGGUGGAAGAGAAUCAACAACAACAACAGGAUGCCGAAGAGAACGAGGAACGAGCGGAUGGUGGCGGGGAGGACGGCGACGCGGAUGAUGUGCUCGAACAACUUGAAUCAGCCGAGGUCAAGGUUAAGAAAAAGGAGAAGGUGCAAAAGAAGGGCGAGUUCGCAACCACGACACUACUACCCGCGGGUGCAAAGAAGACGAGAAAUCAGAUCUUGGCCGAAUUAAAAGCCGCGCGCGCUGCGGCCAAGGCCAAAGAGGAAUCCAGUCUGGGGUCCAGGUUCAAGAAGAUCGGACCCAAGAAGAAGCAGGCGGAAACGAGGAUAGAGCGCGACGACAGAGGGAAUGAGAUCAUGAUCAUUGUCGACGAGGAUGGUAACGAACGACGCAAAGUUCGAAGAGUCGACCUGAGCAAAACCCGGGAAGAGCAAGAGAAGGAGCGAGAGGUGCUCGCGCAGGGUAAGAUUCUGGGCAUGGAUGUGCCCGAGUACUACAAGAAACUGGAGGAGGAGAAGAAAGCGGCCGAGGCGGCGGAGGAGGAUAAGGAGCCGAACAUUUUCGACGAUGUCGAGUCUGAUUAUGAUCCGCUGGCCGGGUUGGAAAGCGGCUCUGAUGACGAGUCGGAUAAGGAGGACGGAGAAGAGGUGGAGGAUACUCAGAAGAAAGAGAAGAAGAGUUCAUCAGAUAUGCCUCCUCCUCCACCGAAACCAGAACCAGCAGCACUCGCCGGACCGAGGAAUUACUUUCAAGAUUCCAAGACUGGUCUCACUUCGCAAGAAGAGUACAAGAAGCCCUCGCUUGACGACCCCUCCUUCCGCGCCGCGCUGGCCAAAGCAAAGGCCAUCAGCGCCGCCGAGAAAUCCGAAGAGGAGAGACUGGCAGCCGAGAGGGAGGCACGACUACGGAAGAAGUUGCUGGAGAGCAGCAGAGACGACGAGGAUUUGGAUAUGGGUUUCGGGUCGAGUCGUAUGGAAGACGAUGCCGAUCUGGACGAGUCGUCCAAGGUCAAGUUGUCUGAGUGGGGUGAGGAUGAAGACGAUGAUGGAUAUGAAGGAGGUGGAAAGGCGGGCCUUGGGAGUAGUAAGGGGAAGCGCAAGCGGGGCGGCGGAAAGAAGGGGGGUGAUAAGAACAACUUUGUGGAUGUGAUGAAGGUUAUUGAGAGGAAUAAGGCGAAGGAGUGAGGGCACCGCCGAUGAUUAGGG